AUGAUGGUGGUGCGCGGCUUGCUGCUCCUGACCUCAGCGAUUAAGCUAGGACAGGUGGCUGCCGCAGAGAUGCCACAGGUCCUGACUUCGAUGCCGCAAGAAGCUCGAGCGGCCAGGACAGCAUCGAAGGAAGACGUCGCCUACCUGAACCGGCACAUCUUCGCGGGGAAUGUGCUGAAGCCCCUGGGAGGUGGCGUGGAGCAGUGGGUGGUGUCCUUCUGCCCAAGAUGGUGGCAACCGUGCCAACAGCUGGAGCAGACCUUCUUAGAAGCGGCAAGAAAUUGGCAAAGCGAGCUGAACACGGACCCUUCAAUGCUACGGUUGCGAUUUGCGCAGGUUGACUGCGCGGUGGACAAGGUUCUCUGCAACGAAGAGCAUGUGACUACAUACCCGAUGGUAGCCCUCUACCGUGGUGGAAUCCAGAUCGACUUGAAAGGUAUCGCGAGAGAGCAGACUCUGACUGCACUUGAGCAGUUCCUGAAGACCAAUGUCCAGCGCGUUCCAAGAUCGGAGGGCACCGAGGGGUAUGGAAAGCCUUCUUUUUUAGAGGCGCUGGGCAAGCUUCCGGGCAGCCCCCUCGGGCAAGCUCAUCUUCCUUGGACCCUCGAAAUGCUGGUGCUCUGCUGGCAGAAUUCAUGCGAUCUCCUGCUGGCAGCAGCGUUGUUGUUGGUGAGCCUGCGGUUCCUACAUUACUCUCCUGAAGACCCUCGUGGAAAUUAUUCGACAAGGAUCACCGGGCACUCUUCCGUUUCCUUCUUGCCCUGGGGUCCUUCACCGGCUGUCGUCGAAAUCUGA